AUGCACGUGGCUUUUCUUGCGCUUCUUCCCCCAGGCACUUACGAGGGCCAGCGUUCAUUGAUCGACGUGAUUGCUCGCGCGGGCCCGGGAAAUGUUUUAAUCACGACCUAUUCACAGCUGCGCGUGCAGCAGAGCAAGCUGCAGCGUCACAACUGGCACUAUUUCAUCAUGGACGAGGGACACCGGAUUCGCAAUCCGGACGCAGGUCAAACCUUGGCGGCCAAGCUCGUGCCCACACCCCACCGGUUUAUCUUGACAGGCUCUCCCAUUCAGAACAAUUUGAGGGAGCUCUGGUCCUUGUUUGAUUUUGUGUUUCCUGGGCGACUCAGUGAUUUACCCACCUUUGAACUGGAAAUCAACCAGCCCAUCCAGCGAGGAUCAUUCUCCAAUGCUACUUCGGCACAGGUACGUUAA